AUGGAAUUCCCAGCAAGCCCCUCCGCCCGAUCGUACACCCUCCCUAAGCCCCCCGAGUCCGGCCUGGCCGAGUGGACGCAGAAGAUCAAGGCUCUGCAGCGCCAGGUCGAUGCCGACGAAGAAGAGGAGCAGAAGAAACUCGAGCAGGAGAUCGCUGCCUCUCGGCUUGCCCGCGUCCGCAGGAGCACCCGCGUGGUCCCUGCCCGCGAUGACGAUGACCCUUCUUUAUCUUCUCUGCAUGCCGAGCCUCCAGACGACGCGCGAUCCAGCAUCCACGCCGACGCUCUGCAAAAACUCACAGGUGCGAGCUCCGAGCCAACGGCAGAGCGCUCCUCGCCCGCACGGUCCACUCUCGCGAUUGGCAUGCCUGACUUCUCUCUCAAACCGACCGCGACCGCCCCUCCGUCGCGCUCAGAGCCCGUCUCUCUCGCUGCCUUCAUCGGAGGACGCGCCACUGCCCCCCGCUUGAACCGACAUGCGCCCCAGGCGGACGCGCACGACCCGACGCAGUUUGAGCAGCGCACCACCAUCGCUGCGCCUCACCCUGUCUUUGGCCGCGGCGGCGUCGCCAUGCCCGGGCUUGCUGCCAAGGGCCGUGUGCCCGCAGCGCCCAUCUCCCCAUCUGCGUCGACCCCCGAACGUGCUCCACUCCCAAAGUCGCAGACUACGACGACCCCUACAGGUUAUGGCUCCGAUCGAGAGGGUGCCCGCGAGCGAAGAAUGAGCAACUCGCCCGCCCUGCGUCGCUACGUUCAACAUGUCGAGCAGCAGGGUGUGCCGCCGCAGAAGACCGGGAGCAGCAGCAGCACUCCUCACGAUGGUCCGCGCUUGCGCACCGUGAGUACGCCUUCAGGGCCCCCACCAAUGCGGGCAACGACAUCCUCUCCAAAGUCACGCCCACUUGCGAUUCCACCCGCGCCAUACGCGAAACCCGCCAAGGACCUGUCGAAAUCUCCAUCCAUUGCAUCCUCCCCUCCACCCGUCCGGUCUCCAACCUUCAACUCAUAUCCUCCAGCCCCACGGCCCUCCGUUUCCGCGACUCCUAGCCCCAAGACGCCUUCUAUUUCCGCACCCUCUCUCGCACGGCCGAUCCAGCCUACGCCUAAAACCCCAGCAUCUGCCGCGCAUGGGGUCUCGCCCUCGCCCGCUUUUCUUAAGCCGUCCAUGCAGAAGGACCCGACGCCGAGCAUCAGCAGGCUGAAGGGGCGGGGCUUCGUGCAGUCCAUGGUCCUUGCGAGCAGCCAGCUUGAGCUCGGGCCAUCCACGGGCGCGGUAUCUGAGACCGGCAGGCUCGUCGCGGGGAAGCGCCUGUCAGUCGCGGAUCGCUGGAAGCCGGACGGCGCCACCUCCAGCCCGAGCUCCCCGCCCGCCCCCGCCGCUUCCAAGCCUGUCCCUCUGCGCAAGGCACGUGCCGCGGACCCGCCCCCGACGCAGCAGACCCCCAGUCCUCCCAAGCCCAUCGAACCCCACCACACUGGUAGAUCUCUCCGCACCGUCCCCUCCAACGCCGCCCUCUCCACCACCGCCACCGCCGCGGCGGACGCCUCUUCGCCCCCUUCCCGUGACGCCCUCGGCUCGUCCUCGACCCUCAUCUCAUAUAUCAAGCCUAUGAAGACCGGCGACGACCCCGCGACUGGGACCUCGCACUCGCGCCCGCACACGCCUGCACCUGCACCUUCGCGCCCGCAAUCGCGCUCGACGACCCCCGCGCCGGGCGCACGGUCAAGGACGGAAGGAGGCGCCGUCAGGGGGUCGCAGGUGGGCGGGGCGUGGGGCGCGGCUAGAGGGCCGUCGGAGCUGCCCGCACCCACGGCGAAGCCCUUGAGCCAUCUUACGAAAGACCGGGCAAAGCAACCACGGAGGGCGCGCCCACAGCCCACCGCCGCUGUGCGUGUGUCAUCUAAAGUUCAGCCGAGCGUACAAAAGGUCAAAGUCACCAGCGCCAACACCCCGUUGGCGUCAGCUCCAGUGUCAACCACGCCCCCCGGCUCGUCCCGCCCGAGCGACUCAAAAGUGAGCAGUCUCGCGGACAAAUGGUCCGAGCAGGUGCUCAUUGGCGUGAAGCCGCUCGGCAAGGGUCCCCCGCCCGCUGCUGGUCUCCAACCGGCCACGCCCGCUGGCCUUAUUGGCGCGCAUGCGUUGCCAGGCCUCGCGACGGUUGACUCCGCUGCUGCACCGCGGGAGCGGCGUCGGCAUAGUCGCAUACCUAGUACUGGGAAUCGUGCACUGGUCAUGGACGUUGCACAGGCUCUAAACGAACAUGCUGGUUCUCCGGUCGAGCCUUCCAGUCCCUCGCCGCCUAUCGUCAAAGAUGAUACGCCCGUAGUUCCAUCAGUGGAGGUCAGUGAGUCACCGAAGUCUAUCUUGGUCAGCCCUCCAUUGGAGAGGAGAAAAUCGAGCUUUGAGAGAUAUUCUGCGUAUGUGAUGCCUCCGUUGAAGGAAGAGAAGACACCCGCGCCGUCGCCUGCUAAUACGUUAAUGAGAGGGCCUCCCGCUGUCGUUCAUCAGGAAACGGUUAAACAGGACGUGUCCGCUCUAGAUGAGAGCGGUUCGAAACCACAACAAGGUUCAACCACAGAAACUGCCCCGAUUUCUCCACAUGGCCCUGUCACGGAUACGCUCAAGGUCAAGCGCAACAUAAUCGAAAUCCAUCAUGAUGAUGGACCUCUACCUUCCAUCGAUGUUCAGCAACUUCUUACAUACAGGCUACCUGUCUAUACGGCCGACGCUAGCAUCCACAGCAUUUCCGUUGAUGUGAUGUCCAUUACCGGAACCACUGCGACAGUCCUCAAAGACGAUACCCACAUCUUCUACGAGUCUGAAGUGCUUGCGGUCGUGCAUCGGUAUAAGACCAAGUCGAGUGGCCUGGUUGGGACAACAGUCUGGGGCUGGCGCGGCAAGCGCAGUCAACUGGGUGAACGCGAAGACCGCAAGCUCAAGGAUCUCGCGAGGCAUUAUGGCACAAGCGUGGUUUUCGUCCCUCAACACUGCGAGCCUUUGGAGCUUGUACAUGUCCUUGGGGGACAGCUCGCAAUCCGACAGGGUUCCCGCUCGCAUUGGACAGCGGAGAACACUACGAUGCAUCUCAUUCGGAGCCAUCGCGAUGUCAUAUUCAUCGAUGAACAUGACCUUAGCGUCUCCAACUUGUGUUCUGGAUUUAGUUUCUGCCUGACACUGCUCGGAACUUUGUAUGUAUGGCACGGUUGCGGCUCGUUGCCGUCAGAGCGGCAAGCGGCGCUCGCGUACGCCCGAGCCCUGUCCACCGGCCAGUCAAGCGUGGUUGAGCUCAUUGAGGGCGAGAGUGACAAUGACGAGAUGUUCUGGAUGAUGCUUGGCGAACGUGAUUAUGCCAACGCGGACUACUGGAAGUGGCGCCCGUCGACUACGGCAGACUGCGUGCCUCGUAUCUGGCGCGUCGAUGGUGCAGAUGCGACAGUCGCUGUCAACCUUGUUCUGAACCUUCCAAGCGAGUCUGUCUUCAAAGCAUCCAUCUAUAUCAUCGAUUGUGUCUGGGAGUUCUUCGUCCUUGUUGGGAAGGAUGCGCGCAGUAGCCGACGCAAUAUUCGUGCUGCCCUGUCUUGUGCUAUGGACAUGUCACGACUCACCGCUUCGACACGGCCAUUCGCGCCAACGGUUCAUGUCCUAGUCCUACCAUCUCAGCUCCCUUCGGAUCUACGCCUGCACUUCCGUGAUAUUGACGAAGAUACCAUCAACGAACACGAGACCCCGGAUCACAUGAAUCUGAUCACAUUCCACGAGGCAAUGGAGCAUCUUGGAAAGGUGGCCUGGGAGAUCUCUGCUUUGAAAGACCACAGCAUGCUGCCUCUUGGCCUACACUCGUCGCACUUUGUGUCAUCGUGAUUGUUUAUCUAUCAUAUAAUCUGCUGUUAGGUAUCACAACCCACCACUUUCUCCGAACUUCACCAUUCCGUGUGUUUUCACAAGCCUUUCCACCCCUAUGAUGAGCGUUAUCCUUGUUCUCGUGUUCCGAGGCCCUUUCUGGCAUCCUUGCUACAUCUCCCCGGAGCGUGCUCGUUAAGCUUUCACCCUGAUUAUCAAAAUACCUGCGGAAAGCGUGGUAUGGAACCUGUUGCUCUUCGUUCCAGGCUGAUUCUCCAGAUCUGUCCAAUCCGACAGGUGAUUCUGAUACAGAUGACCAUGCGCUCAACCCCUCGAAGUUCUCGCACAGGUACAACUGGGCUCAGAGCUUGGAGGCAGCAGGGGACUGUUCGAGGAGCACCACGUGUGUGGGACGUUUGCGGUCAUAUCCGUCCGCCUGCGGUGUAGAAGCUGAGGCAGGGACGCAUGGAUACCGAUGUGUGAUGAGGCUGGACAAGUUGACAAGUCAAGUGCCACUGAUGCUUCCUUUCUAGUGAGGCGCGCAUCCCGAUUGGGGUUUAAUCGGCGAAGGCAGAUGCUGCGAGAGCGUAUAUGUCGAUGCCCAUCCUGAUGUCUUUGUUGCCAUAUGAGCUCAGUCGGACGCUCGCAAAUAACGCUAUUCCCAUCGUCCUGCUCAUCUACCUUAAAUACCCCCCUUCGUAUGCGACAGGCUUCGACUUACGGUCCCUACAGCUCACCCGCCUCUUCAGCUCUGCUACUAACGAUGUUCUGGGCUCCAUUCACAC